AUGCAGGGGCAGAAUGAAUAUCUUCGGCAAUGGAAGCACAAGUUCAAGGACUACAUCAAUUUACUAAUGGUCAGAGAAGCCCCUCCCCCAGACCGGCUUUGUUCAGUCUGCAAGAAGGAUGGGACUGCUGCAGAACCCAGCAUCAAAGACAUCCAUUCCAUCGCAUCAGUCAAUGGACCGGAUCAUUUUUUCAAGAAACAUCACUCAUUAAAGUUGGCCUGCACAUUCACCUUGCUCAUGAUGGGAGCUUCUAUUCCACUUGUCACCGACUCAGAUCAUCUGGCUAUCACCAUAGUAGACAAAUCCGGUGUUCACUCUCUAUCCAUCUCAUAUUGCCAGUGCCCCGGUGCUCUCUCCUGGGAUAUGCAGCUCUUUCAAGCAGGCUUGUUUCCAGCAUCAUUCACCAGACCAAAAACUGCAUUCACAUUCUCUGUCUUGGACGACUUUCUGCUAGACAACCUCGAAUGUGGUACAUCAGCCAUGAAUUACUACAGUAAGAUCCGGAGGCUGACCUCGAGCAUAUUUCCAUUGAUGGUUCCGGAUCGCUACAGAGAACUUAUGAGAACUGCCAGGAAGUGGCACCAAUGCAAGCUUUACAAGUGGCAUGGGUUUGCUCACAAAGAUGAUGAGCCAAAGGCCGGUGAUCUCACCCUAUUUUGCCCUGCAUGUCCACAACCAGGGAUAAACUUGGACCUGUCGACCGGUACAUCCACCCGGCCGGACAACACACCUUCAUGGCUCUUCACCAGGACUUUAGUCAUGGAUGGUAAUUUCAAAGCCGAGCACCUCCAUCCAGUGAAUCCAUCUGAUGAAGUAUCAUUGAUGGAUGGUCUUGCAUUCAUGGUUGGAGAUGAAAGAUACAAGAGUCAGAUUGCAACAAUCACCAUGCAGUCAAUCAAGCAAACACCUCCCGGCAAAAGCUGGAGGCCACUGAUGAACAUGGACUAUGCCUUGAGUCAAGCACUCAACUACAAUACAGAUGGAAUCUCCCACGCCAUAACCUUCUACGACAUAAAUUGUCAGUAUCAUAAGUUUUUGAAGGACUGGAUCGCAUCCAGCAUGUACCUUUCCAUCCCCAUCGGCAUGGACAUCAUUCCUGGAAUAGGUUUGUGGCAUGUACACAGUCAUCAGGACAGCUGUUAUGUCCGGAUUGAUGGAGAGAUCAUGGAAACACUCUGGGCAUCUUUGAACAUAAUCUCUCCAUCGGCUAGGGGCAUGGGGACUCCACAUCGCAAAGAGGUAUUGGAUUAUCAAAUGAAUGAUUGUAACUUCAUUAAAAUGAUACACAUGACCAAAUUUCUCUGCAGAAAGUUUAAAGAGGCUGCCAGGGGUGCUGAAGAGAGCAAAAAGUCAUUUCAAAAUCUUAAUGAGACGGCUCACCCUGACAUGGUCAUUCUUUGGGAAGCGGAAGAGGCACUUGCUCACAAGAACAGAUUGGAGGAUUUAACAGCCAUGGACAUUUAUGAGGUCCAGUUGGAAAAGGCUCCAACCAGAAAGCAGCAGGAGUUGCACCUGCUACAGGCUCAAAAUCAUCCGGAUUAUUUGGUCGCCAAUUCUAUUAGUCGACGAGGAGCUGCCACUUGGCUUGCAACUGGUCUCACCAUAGAAGAAUUUCAAAUCUCUCUCUCUAGAGAUGUGAAAAGGCUUGGGAGACAUCCUACAGACAUUCAAUUACUGAGAGUGGCCCAACUUAGGGAUAAGCUGCAAACUCAGAUAACAAGUUUUCUCGAGAUGGCAUCUACAUAUCUUGGAUGCGAAGUCGAUGAAAACAAACUGGAUUCUCCGGUAAACAGGGAUCAUGAUUCACCGGAUGAAGAAGAUUAUUCUGAUCUCGAUGAUCAUGAUCAACAUCCGGAUCCGGAAACACAUGCCUUGAUAUUUCAACCAGAGCUUACUAUCAUACCUUUGCCUUCUAACCUUGGUGAAGCCAGAUGCAAGGCAUUGGGUCUAACCAAUCUCAUGAAAGAAGAAACUGUCCUCCAUGAAGGCCAAGCCAAUGAUGCACUCCAUGCAAUUAGAGUUCAUUUGGGUGAUACAACCGGAAAUGACUGGAUGACAGGAUUUUAUCGGGUAAACUGGCUCUGGACCAAGGCACUUUGUGAUCAUUGGAAUGAAGAGGUCAUUCUUGUCAAACAUGAAAUGCAGUGGACCAUCAAUUUUUUCAAGCAUAAGGCCAAGCAAUGGCUUGCUCACAUGGACAAUGCUGCUUCCAAUGAGAUGACUGGACAUGCAUGUUAUGCUGCCCGACAAUCUCAAAUAUACCACGACCUGGCCGUACAUGGGGCAGAUUCUUUUUGCAAACUAAGUCUGGAUAUUCAGGAUCUGGUUGGCUCUGAGCAAGUCAUCAUGGCCUAUUCAGAUGGUCAGGUCACUGCUGGAGAUAUUUCUCGUGCCCUAUUCUAUGCCAAUUCGUGUUUGUUGGCCAUGCGCCUGUAUGUGGACAAGAGCUUUUCCACUUCCCUUCCUGGAUAUGCAGAAGCUUUCCACAAACUCAUGAAAUGGGAAAUGGAGACCUUUGUCACACCUUUCAUCAAUAUAUCCUUCCUCAGCAGGUGCUCCGCUGUCAUUCCAACACCCCUUCAUCAUGUGAUUGCAAUCAUGAUUGCACAUACAUUGGUGGACCAGCAGCCGGAUGUCACUGAGUUUUUGACAGAUAUUAAAGCAUUGAACCUCUCUGUGCACUGCAAGGAGUCAGAUGAAUAUGACAUUGCUCGUAUGCCCGACUACUUUAAUGCAUGGUGA